GUACAGAAAAUGGAUGGAUUUUUAUAUUGUUUUUAAUUUUGAAAAAAAAAAUCAAAACAAUUAAAUCAUGCACCAGUUGAUAUAUCUGAGGGGGAGGAUACAUGUAAUUACAUUUUAUGUAAUAAGUGGAAUGUGGAGACGUGCUGGAUAUUACAGCUAUCUCUAGAUGGUUUGCAUAUAAGGCCCUGCAAAAACUUUCUGAAUGUCUGCAGCUAGAUUGGGAAGCUGCGUUUUGUGCGCGUCCUCCGCCCAGCUGGCUCGUGUCCCUGCGAGUCAGUCUCCUUUGAGCAGGCAACAGCAGAGCAAGAGGAGGGGAGCUUUCGUGUUUCCCCCCUAACUUUAUUUUAUUUUCAAGGGACAGGCUCCCAGCAGUGUGGAAUGGUUAAACUCCUCAUCCUGGGAACUCCAAACACAGGAAAGACAGCCUUGUGCGUCCGCUUCAUGACCAAGCGGUACAUUGGCGAAUAUGACCACAAGAAGGAAAUAACUUACAGAUGCUGCCGACUGGUAGAUCAGGAAGCUGUUGACCUUGAGAUCUUGGAUACAUCAUAUAAGGAGAGAUGGUCGCCUUCUCUGAAGGCAUCCAUCUGCUGGGCUGAUGGCUUCCUCUUGCUCUAUUCCAUCACACACCGCCAAAGUUUCCUGGAGGUCUCACGGCUCAAAAGACUCAUUGACCAAAGCAAACAGAGUCUGGCUGUCCCAACAGUGCUGGUAGCAAAUAAAGCAGACUUGGAAAUUGGCAGGGAGGUGACAACAGAGGAAGGACAGAGACUGGCCCAUGAUUUAAGGUGUGGUUUCAGCGAGCUGUCAGUGGCUGACUCUGCAUUAGCUGUGGAAGCAGCCGUGUUUCAGCUCAUCAGGCGAGUCCUGGAUCAGCAGCGGCCUCUGACUUAUCGCCGUUCCUACAUGCUGACCAUGCGCCAUGCUCUGACUACAAAACUGACCCGAUCUAAAACCAUGCAGUGGUGACCUUGACACAUUCAUUGCACUAUCAAGGAGCACUUGGGUCUGUAUUAAACCUACAUGGAAACAACA